AAAAUAAGAAAAAAAGGGGCGAAAUAAUUGCAUUUUUAUUGAAAAAGGUGAAGUAUAGAGAUCACCAGCAAAAUAUAAAGUUGCGGCCCCGACUACAAGACCAAUGAAAUCGAAUCUAGAAGACAACUGGGAUUUCAAGAAUCAGAAACACGGAAUUUGAAGAAUAAUUUUUAGUCCUAAAAGUUAGCCUGGCUUCCUUAACCAAGCAUAGUCUUUCGCAAGAUUAUCAAGUAGAUGGAAGCUGCCUAGAAAAGCUUUGAUGGCCUUUAUAACAUUCACCAACUCCAUAUUUGAGACUGGAUCGCUUCUUAUUAAGCUGGAAUACUAGCACCUGGGCCAGUUGUACUGGACUUGGAACGACCCAUGAACAAAGUACCUAUAUCAUUAAAGAGGAACUAACAAGAUGAUCUAAGAUUUGUAAAACUGCUAAAGACCUUAGCAUGUCGUGCAUCAAGGAACUCACACCGAAAUUGGAGAGGACUUUUCAUGGUAUCUCACAGUAUCUCUGGAAUAAAUUAUGAAUGCGAAACUGAAGACAUCAAUCAUUACUGCCUACUCCUGAAGUCAUAACUAACGAUGAGGUUGGGACUAUCAUCUCGCUGAAACAUUACAUUGGUCAAGAAAUAAAACUAAUAUAAAUUAAAUACAAAAGCGAUCUAUUUAUUUUUUGCCUUAUUCAUACCGGUAAGUACUUCAAACUCUUAAUACUAAUUAAAUUUGCUGAGAAACGGUGUAAUAGGUGAAAUAUCUUCCGAUAAAUUCCAUAGUAUUCCAUGUAAUUUCUAGAAUUUCAUUUGAUUCCAGUAGGAUUCUGAGGGAAUUUACUAUAGAAUAUCCUGAGAUUCCAUAGUGUAGGAUUGCGUGGGAUUUCAAUAUAGGAUUCCAGUAGGAUUUCGUGGGAUUUCGUUAAAAGUUGGAUUCUGGUGUACCUACACAUUUUUCAAGGUGGUUUGAGUACCCCUCGAGCCUUAUCUUUAAUAUACAAAGCACUUUUGAACCUGAACGUUGGUUUUACUGCCUGUUGCUGACUCCAAUAGCUUUAUAAAAGCCAGCCUCAUAUUUUAUUCUAACUAUAGGCAUAGGCAAUAUAUUUUGUUACGAUAAAUUCACUUUCAUCAUGGAAAUACAGAAUAGAAUAAAUAUAAAUCUGAAUGAGUAGGUAGAGGUACUUACAACAAUUAAGCAGGUACCUAUACUGCUUAAAUUCAAUCAAGAUAAAUUUUUUUAGAAUUGUUGAAAAACAAUCAUGAGACACUCAAGAUACUUUCAACCAAUACAAGCUAGGUACUUAAAAUAAACUUCAAAUAAAAAAAAGACAAAGAAAACAAAACCAUAGCCAUUCAAAUCACAUCAGUGAAUUGCUAAGAUAAACGGCUAUUUCAGAUUUCGGCAGCAUAAAUGUAAAACGACAAUUAUUACGACCCUAAGCGCGCUUUUUGUAAUAUGAAACAACCAUAGAGACUGAUGGAAUUUAAGAUUCUUAGCUAGAUUUUUGUAUCAAUGUGCUUUUAGUUCAAAAACUGUACAGGGUGUCCAAGAUUCGAUGGUUUCAGGUAUUUCUAGAGAAGUUGGAAAAAAUCUGACCCCCACUUGCAAGCCUCGAUUUUCAAGAGAAAUUGACUGAUGAAAACCGCAUCUCGAGAUGUAUGAGGUGUUUUUGCAAAGUUUGGAGUUUGGCAGGGGGGCUAUAACAUUUUUAUUUAUGAAAAUUUGGUCAACUUUUCCUCUUGUAGCUUAAAAACGAAUCGAGAUAUCAAGGUACGGGUGUCACCACUUACCCGUCAACUUCUCCUGAAAAUCGAGGCUCGCAAGUGGUACCCGAAACCCGCUAAAACCAUCGAAUCCGGGACACCCUGUACAAGUUGUUACCUACUAAUACAAGCAUUUAUUUUAGAGAAAAUUAUUGGAUGUGAUAUAAACAUUUUAAAGUAAUAAAAGCGAUACACAAAUUUACACUUCUAAUUGUUUAUUUCCGUCUAGUCCUCUAAGAAAAUAUUUAGGCAACGCCAUCCAUGUCCUCCAUAAUAAUAUUGCGAUAUCGAUGAAAUAUUUUAGGAACGCGCACUUAGUUAUUUUUAGCUUAUAGAGAAAUUUUCAAAUUAAAACCGAUAGUUUUUCAUUCAUUAAACUAUAACACACAGACGCUCUAUUGAAUAAUAACUAUAUCCUUAUUUUGUGCGUUGAGUUCGUGCCAAAAGAUGAAUCGAAAACAGUUGGAAUUAAGUGAAUCUAGUUCAGAUGAUAGUGAUUCAUCUGGUGAGGAUGAACAAGAUUUCAGUAGGGCAGGAGUAUCAACUUCAAGAGAGAAAAGAAAUGUUUCUUGGUGUGGAGUGGAAGACACCAACAGACCACCCUCACCACAUUUUCCUAUGAUAAGACGUGUGGUAUGGCCGCCACCAUCAACCUCUCAACCAUCUUUCAGGACCGCCUAUGUUGAUCCCAAAGGAAAUCCAAAAUUGGGCAAUAGAAUGCAAUUGUAUUGUAAAAAUGGUGAUUUUUUGGGUGUGUAUCCUGAUGGGCGAGUAAGAGGGACUAAAGAUGAAGCUGACCCACACACAUUUCUAGAAAGAAAGACUGGAGGUUUAUUACCGGAACACGUCAAACUACAAGGAAUGUUAACGCAUUUAUAUGUGGCAAUGGAUAAGAAAGGCCGACUAUAUGCUGAAGCGGAUGCGGAGUGUCCUAGAGCAGUAUUCAUCGAAUCAUUCCAUGGAUCGUAUAAUAAUUAUUUGUCCAGGCACUAUGCACAUUUGGGUUGGUAUAUUGGCUUGAAGAAAUCGGGUAAAUUUAAAAAAGGACCCAAGACUAAGUUUGGACAAAAAGCUAUCAAGUUUUUACCAAGAAGAACUAGAUUUGAAUAAAUUUAAUUUUUCUAUUUAACUGACAGAAAAACUGUAA